AUGGCUCCAACUUCAAUUAUUAAUAAACCAGAGGAUAUUCAAUCCUUCAAAGCUGAAAAAAUAGCUGCAUCAAAUGAACAAGAUUUCAAUGAAUUAGUUGAAAAAUUAGCUUCAAUUAAACCAAUAGGUUGGGCAAAAUCAAACAAGCAACCAAUUACAGGACAUGAUCCAGUUUGGGCUGAUAGAUUACCAGAAACUACAAAAGAAAGAUUUGCGAAACAUGGAGUAGAUAUUUCAAAAGGUUAUCCAUAUAUUCCAACAACCGACAAAAUUCCCAAAUUUGUUGAUGAAGCUUUUGCUAUUAGAAAUGAAGAAUAUCCUUAUAUUGAUCGUGGUUCAAAUGCUGAUCCUGAAAAAAAGGCAUUAUUCGAUGCUGCAACUGAUAUUAUUCAUUUAACUCCUUAUAUUGGUACUGAAAUUGUCGGUUUACAAUUAUCUGAAUUAAAUGAUAAACAAAAAGAUGAAUUGGCUUUAUUAAUUGCUGAAAGAGUUGUUGUAGUUUUCAGAGAUCAAGAUUUAUCACCACAAAAACAAUUAGAAUUAGGUCAUUAUUGGGGACAAGUUGAAGUACAUCCACAAGCAGCUCGUGCUGGUGAAAAUUUAGAUGGUGUUACAACUAUUUGGCAAGAAUAUCAAAAUGAAAGAAAUGGUUUGAACUUAACUUUUAAAAGAUCAAAAUUAGGUAAUUCAGCAUGGCAUAGUGAUUUAGUUCAUGAAAAACAAACAGCAGGAAUCACACAUCUUCAUUUGGAUUCUUUCCCAAAAGAUGCAAGUCCAGGUGGAGAGACUACUUGGUCAAGUGCGUACGGAGCGUAUGAUAAGCUUUCUCCAGCCUUCCAAAAAUUCUUGGAUGGUAAAACUGCAAUUUAUAGAAGUGCUCAUUAUUAUUUAGAUCGUGAAAGACCAUUAUUUGGACCAAAACAUAUUGAAAGAGAACAUCCAUUAGUUAGAACAAACCCAACAACUGGUUGGAAGCUGUUAUUCGUUAAUAGAUCAAUGACUGAUAGAAUUGUUGGUUUAUCAAAAGAAGAAAGUGAUUUAAUUUUAAAUUAUUUAUAUAAUGUUAUUGAAACAAAUAGAGAUAUUCAAGUUACUGUAAAAUGGUCACCAUUUGAAGGAGAGAAAAUCAAAUCAGGAAAGAAAGGCUAUAGUGGUACAUCUGUUUUAUGGCUUAAUAGUGCAAGUAAUCAUAGUGUUAUUCAUUCAAAUGAAUCUAUUAAAGGUCGUCAUGGUACUAGAGUUACUUCAUUAGCUGAAGUUCCAUAUUUUGAUCCAAAUUCAAAAAGUCAAAGGGAAGCUUUAGGUUUAUCCUUAGACUAA